AUGGCAGGAGAGGACCCUUUCUCGGCUCUCGCCAAAGUGUUGUUCUGCAGUCCAAACGCGCCGCGUGACAGCUCCACUUUUCCCUUCGGGAGGUCUGAAAUUUUUGGGCCGCCUUCAGGGGGGCACGGACACUCGGAAGCACAUCCUUUGGCUGUGACGUUCGCCGUUGAACCGGAACAACAACAGCACUCUCAUCACAUCAACACGACCACGCCGAAGCAGAGCACUUUACGGUUCACCCUUGACGAGCUCAGCAGUGCUGCUGUCUGCGAAAGGCGGCGAUGCACGCUAGUCGGCAAAGUUGAAGAAAUCGCACUGCAUAGCCCGCACGUUUCGGGUGACCCGCGACCUGGACGAGGCUUUGACGGAAUGAGCGACCCUCUGACCGCCACGAUCUCGGCUCUGCCUGCUCGAAGAAGCCAGCCGAGUUCAAAUACGGGCACUUCUGAUGCUUCCUUGAGCUCAAGAUGGGCCUCGCUCUUGAGAGGAAGCGCUACCUCACCUAUGGAAACACUCCGGGCUCGCGGUGUCGACGGCAAGAUCGCAACCGACAACGAUGCAGCCCUCCGAUGGUUGCAGUGGAAGAUGUACCUCGUCGCGGAUCUCUCCCACAUUCCUUCUUCCUGGAAUGCCGUCCAGCAACGCGACAGAGAAGCAUACAACGAGCUGCGCUGCCGUCUACUUCGUGCUCCAGAUGGCAACUAUCCGCCCGAGGUUGGCUUCGACGGCACCCACACCAGCCUCGACUCUUCGUCCUCACAUUCAUCAUCAGACUCUAUCGCUUCUCAAAGCAGGUCCUCUGUGGUCAACGACCUUGCCGUCAACAAUCCGCUCAGUCUCGACGACUCGAAUCCUUGGAAGGCUUACUACACGACGCUAGAGACAAGAAGGGUCAUCCUCCAAGACGUCGAACGGACGUUUCCCGAUCUCGAACUCUUCCGUCAAGCCCGCGUUCAGCAGUCUCUGACCAACAUUCUCUUCUUGUGGUGCCUCGAGAACGACGAUGUGGGCUAUAGACAGGGCAUGCACGAGCUAGCAGCUGUCCUUUGGAAGGUCCGAGCCGAAGCCGCUGUCGACUAUACAAGCCGCACAGCUGUCUCUUCCUCCCAAGCUUUGGCACAAAGCACAGUCGAAAGCGCAUUCGAACAUGCGCUUGCGCGCGUCUUUGUCGAACACGACGUCUACACGCUGUUCCGCGCUUUGAUGAGAAGCGCCAAAGCGUGGUACGUCUGGCGUGAUGUCUCUCAUCGGCCACUUCCGAUCGUCGCAAAGUGCGAACACGUCCUCGAGCUCUUACGGCACAUCGACCCGGCCUUGGCUCAGCAUCUGGGCAGUCUCGGCAUCGAACCUCAGAUCUUUUGCCUUCGAUGGAUCCGCAUGAUCUUCACACGCGAAUUUGUGCUGGAAGAUGCGCUCGCCAUCUGGGACGGUCUCUUUGCUUCCGGGAAUUCUCUGGAUCUCGUCGAUUAUAUCUGCAUUGCCAUGCUUCUUCGCAUCCGCAACCAGCUGCUCGCAGGCGACCACAGUUCCGCCUUGCAGAGUCUGUUGCGAUACCCCGCCGAAGCACAGGUGCAACCCAGCCUUCUGGUCAAGCAGGCCAUCUUCUUGCGAGAUAACGGACGACAGCCCAGCACAGGUGUCGCUGUCGUGAUGCAGAAUCGCGACCUCCUGGGCAUCCACGUGCGCUCCGUCGACGAUCAUGGCGAAAGCAAUGGCGUACAACGUUCUGAAAGCACCUCGCCGUCAAAUCGGUACAGCGCGCAAAAAUUUGCCACGGUCGGCAGGUCCCCUUCCGCGAGUGGUUCCAGACCGUCUCCGUGGGCUCGCUUGUCAAACCAAGCGACGGCCAACAGUACACCGAACAGUACACCUACAGGUCAGCACCGCAGUAGACCCGAUCCAAGACGCUGGCAGUCGGCUGUCACACCUGCAGAUCCCUUGGGCGCAUCCUCGGACCCUGUACGAAAUGCCGAUGUCAACGGACCGAGAGCUUUUGGCAUAAAUCCAUCCUCUUAUCUCCCGGAAGGCAUAGGCGACCUGGCCAAAGGAUGGUACGAACGUGCAGAGCUUCCGCAAGGCCUGAACAGCGCGCUAGCCAAUGUCUCUAGGACGGUCGCAGCUGCGGCUGCGGCCGGUGUCGCCGGAGCAUACGGCACGAACAAGACAGAGUCUUCUGGAUUCCCCUCUGGAUUCGAACAGGCCUUCAACGAACAGACUGGCGGACGGGGAGGAGCAUCGCCCAGCACUGUUGGACAUGCAGCGUCGGCUGGAGCCAAAUCAAGGCCGUCGAUCGAUGUUGCAGCAGAGCCGACAUCCCCGUCAGCCCAGCGUCCAGCCGCACAGCUAUCUGAGCCGCUCCGCAAAGUCACCGCUGCCAACAAGGCCAUCGGCUCUGCUCUCUCAGCCUGCAUCGAGGUCUUGGAGCAGAGCUGGCUCGACCGAAGCGCGAUCGUGCACACAAAGCCCUCGGACGACCUCGAGCAAAGUGACCUCAACACGCUCAUGAGCUUCACCGCGCUCAAGCACAUUCGUGACGUCCUCGAGGGUACCGCUACUGAGUUCGAUCCUGCAACGCUGCCAGCGCCUGUCCUACAACGCGUACAUCCGCAAGAUCGAGUGCCACCCAAUGCGAUCGAAAAUGUCGUCAAGCAGAAAGGGGAGCGGGACAUCCAAGUUCCGACUUCAGCGAAGCCGGAAACGCCUUCUACAGCCGGGGUUGCCGUUCCGCAACGGAAGACGACUUCACCGCUACCCAUGUCGCUCCCCGAGUACGCGCGGUAUGGCCGUCAGAUGAUCCUGCCCGACUUUGGUCUUCCAGCUCAACUGCGUCUCCGCGAUGCGAAAGUCCUCGUCGUUGGAGCUGGUGGGCUCGGCUGCCCUGCCGUCCAGUAUCUUGCCGCUGCCGGCGUGGGACAGAUCUCCAUCCUUGACCACGACGUGGUCGAGCCCUCCAAUCUGGCCCGCCAGAUCCUGCAUAGCGACGCCACCGUGGGUAUGCACAAAGCAGUCUCUGCCGCCAAAGCAGCGGAGCAGAUCAACCCCUACAUCAAUGCGGUGCCGCUGUCCGAGGCAAUCAGCGCAGCUAAUGCACGUCAGAUGAUGCGUGGUCACGAUCUUGUCUUGGACUGCACAGACAAUCCGCUGACCCGAUAUCUCAUCUCAGACGCAGCUGUGCUGGAAUGUGUUCAAGUCGUGUCCGGCGCAGCUCAGGGAUACGAUGGCCAGCUAGUCGUACUGCAUAAGCGCAUCAAGGCUGAGUUCGCCGGUCCAAAGGCCUCUGCGACGAGCGGUGUGCAUCGCGGUCCGUGCUACCGCUGCAUCUUCCCCAAAGCGCCUCGGCCAGACGAAGUCACCAAUUGCGAGGAUGGAGGAGUGCUCGGUGGCGUCACCGGCUUGGUCGGGACGAUGCAAGCCCUGGAGGCGGUCAAGAUUCUCGCAGGGAUCGGAGAAGACACUCCACCCAUGCUGACCCUCGUAUCUCCGCUCACGGCGACACCCUUCCGAUGUGUCAGGAUCCGACCGCGUCGUGUCGCCUCCUGUCGAUCUUGUGGCGACCCAGCGCAAGUUCCUGAGCCGAUGAUCUCCAACCUCGAGACAGAAGACUACGUCUCGUUCUGCGGUCUCAAUGGUCCUCCCUCGAACGGAGCUGCGAUCGCAAGGACAGCCGCCGGAUCGAUGGCUCCAUCGGCUUUGAUCGUAGACGUGCGACCAGCGGUCGAGUAUGGCAUCACAAAGCUAGACGGCUCGCUCAACAUUCCCAUCCAGAGAUUGCUCAAGAAUCCAGGCGAUGCAUGGGACAAGAUUCGAGAAGCUCAACAUCGGACAUCGUCCAGAGACGUCCUGGUGGUUUGCAAAAAGGGAAACGACUCGCAGCUGGCUGUUCGGUCGCUCACAGAGCAUCAAAAGCAGCUUGCGGAGCGGGCUGAACGGGAAGCGAGAGAGGCCAAAGCAGCGCCAUCCGACCCUCUGCAAGGAUUCGCCAACACGGGCGAGCGGAAGCAAGCCGUCACAGCCCUGCAGAUCUCCGACCUCAUCGGCGGUCUGCGUGCUUACAGCAAGGAGAAAGACCCGACCUUUCCCAUCUACUGA